AUGAUACCAUCAUCGCCAUUGGAGGUCAAACGAUCCAGUGUGGUGAUAUCAUCGGCGUCUGAAAAGAAUGAAAAUAUUCUCGGAGAAAGUGCUGAUGAUGAUUACGAUGAUGAUUAUGAUUCUUCUGAAACAAAGAAGCCUUCUACACAAUUACAACAAUUAUUUGACAUGAUUCAAAAGGAACAAGGAUUGGUAAUGGAGGACUCAAAAUCUGAUAUCAUGUCAACCGUGUUGAACACAUCUGCAGCUGGCUCUUUUACUUCUAAUAUUGAACUGCAAGAUGACCAAUCGAGUAUUGACCAAACAAGUCAGACAUCUUUGGGAGCUUUGGGUCAAAUGAAAGAGUUGAGCGAUGAAGUUUUGGGAGGAGGAUUUGUGUUGGAAGUCGUAACAGUUGUGAUUUGUGUUCUUUAUUAUUUAUCUUUAAUUGUGGCCUUUGCUAUCAGACCAUCAUUUAUCAAUAUGGGAUAUCUCUUGAUUUUCUUUAUUCACAACCUUGCCCCAAGUUAUUAUCCGUACUUUCAGCGAGUGCCAAUCAAUUACAUAUGGAUGAUGAUUCCAAGAUUUUACAAUCUAAUUCUUUCAUUUUUGCUUGCUGUUUCUUGUAUGAUUGGUCAUAUAGUGCUGAGCGCACUCUCUAAUUUGGGUACAGAUGAGGAAAAUAUUUUGAGAGAUGUUGGAUUUGCAAAGUUAUCUGGCAAAGGUUUAGAUCAAAUCCUUAUUCAUGUUCUCCCCGAUUGUUUACUGAUAGUAUUUUCUUUAUUAGUAUUCAUAUUUUUGGCAGUGCUGUGGAAAAAGAGAAGAAGCUUGAUUAGGGAUGGUAUCCCUCUCAAAAUUAAAAAAGCACUUCCCACAUCAAUUAAGGGCAAAGUAAUAAUGUCAGAAGAGUCAAACAAAUCUCCUGCUAACAAACCACUCUCGAUAACAUCAUCAGAUAAUGUGGAGAUUGAGAUUGGUCAACCUGUUGAAACGCCCUAUAGAAUGCAAACAGAAGAUGUAGUUACCGAUGUUGUGACAACUUCCAACACGACCAUGGGAAACCCUUCUCAAACUAAACCAGUAGAAGUAAUUCCUAAAUUACCAUAUGCAACCAUGAAUAUGUGGGAACUUCCUGGAGUUUUUGCCAAAAAGCCAAAAUUGAUCACAACAACAUUGGAGAAUCUCAAGAACAAGGUUGAGAAUAUUGGCACAAUGGCAGACAAGAAUGCAAAAACAGUAGUGCCACAAAAACACAUUUCGAUUCAUGAUUUUAAGGUAUUGCUGUUCACUCUCUCAUGCAUGAUCACGGCAUGUUUUUAUCCUGGGUUCGUGAGCGUAUUUUACCUUUCAAUGUCGUUCAUUGUUAUUACUUUUACAAGUUUUAACAUCAAGCUGAAGACAGGAGUCACACUCACUUUAUUUAUUUUGAAUCAAGCCUAUUCCAUGCUUCUGUUGAUUUUCUAUUUCUUGACAAGAUUUCAAUACAACUCUUUGGCAACUGUUGGCCAGUUUUCAAAGAUGAUUCUAACAGAUCCAUAUGGAAAAAUGGCUGGAUUCUUUGACAUUGAUGGAAACCUUAAGAAUUUUGACUAUUUUUCAAAGUACUAUACUGGAUACGUGUUUUUAGUUUUCAUUCUUUUGACAUUUAUACUUUCCUGCAACUUUAUGAGCCAAUAUUUUGCCAAGUCUUUAGAGGAAAAUAAGCUGAAAAAACAAAUUUCAAAGUUUUUGAUGGAGUACUCCAAAAAGAUUAUGAGGAAGGACGUGAAGGAAAAUUCAGAUGAGUAUUAUGAAGAUAUUUAUUACAAGUCUGAAUACAGAAGACUUGUAGAAAUUAUGGAAACUGCUACACAGACAUCUACAAACUCAUUGUUUGCCUCCUCUCAUCGAUUCCGUAAUUUUAUGCUAUACUACUUGCAAAGAUCUAUUUUAUAUAUUUUAUUGAUUGCUCUUAUUUGCGUAGUGUUAACAGUUCCAAGUUUGUCCAGUUUACCAUAUCUCUUGUUCAUGUAUUUGGGAUUGGUUCUUGCUCCUUCUUCGACAUUGAGGCCAAACAAGAUUAUGCUGUUCUUGCUUCCAAUAUGCUAUAUUUGGAGUAUCUUAUAUUUGAGCGCUCAAUAUGUUUUUCAAUUUCCUGAAUUUUCUGCAUACUCUCCCAAAACAACACAAAUGUCAGAUAAUGUUUACAACCCAUCAGGCAGCGGUGGUCUCAUAUUCUACCCUGUUCAAGGCAUUCUUUACCGAGUAAUUGUGAGCACAACAGUUGGAGCUUUUAUUACUGACAUUAGUGUGAAUGGAAGAUCGAUUGUUCUUGUACUCGUUCUUUUUGGGCAGCUUUUACUAACAUUGUUUUUAGGUCUUACACUUCGUGUCAGUUUAUUCUCCAAACUCAUCGAUUAUGACAAGGAUGUUAAAAACAGUGGCAAGAUAAGUACUCAGAAAAUUGCAGAAGAGGAAAAGGCAACCACAGUAACAUCUAUGAAUGUUAAACCAUCAUUUUCAUGGGUUCAACGACUUGUAAACCGUGGUUCACAUGCCCAAACCAAACAUAAUCCUUAUCGUGGUGCUGUAAAUUCUAAUGAAUCUGAUGAAACACAAUAUUAUCAACACUUUGACGAUAACGAUGUGGAUUACUACGACACGGAUUCUCCUGAAAAACAAAAAAUGUCUCUACUACAAAAAGAUCACCUCGAAAGGUCUCCUUCAAAGCCAAGACCAAUCUCAAGUGCAUUUUAUUAUGAGAGUGAAAGUGAUUUGGGUGAAGUUGCAGCAUCUCCUUUAAAUGACCAGACCUCAAAUUCAUAUCGUGAGUCCGUUUCAAUAGUGACAGAAAGACCUCCUCAAAUUGUUGUGGAGUCUGUUGACAUGACAGAGUUGGAUAAGCUGAAAGAUGAAGCAGAUAACAAUCUCGGUGAGGUAGAUGGAGAGGAAAAGAAACAAAAAACUUUAGAGCUCGUUUGGAAGAAAACAAAGCAAGUUCUUAACUUCUUCAAAGUACUUAUUCUAGACUACUUUUGGAAAGUUUUAUUGAUUUUAUUUGUUAGAAACAGCUUCUACUUGAGCUUGAUUGUUUGUUAUUUUGCUGAUUUGACCUCAGAAAAUGCAGACUUGUUGCAUGCUAUUUAUUGUAAGUAUUUGAAAAGCAUGGGUUCGCUGACUAACAUCUUGUUAGUAAUAUUUUGCUCAACAUACUUUAUAUUCCCAAAUUUUGCAAGAAAAACAUGGAUUGUCCUAGUGUUGUAUUGCCAAUUUGUGAUUAUUGCUCUCUAUUUCUUCAAUGUUUGGUACGCUCCUGAGAUUGUUGAUCUGCCAUAUGAAAUUAUUGGUUUCAAUCCUGCGUUCCUAACCAUCGAUAACAUGGACAAGACAUUCAGCUUUGGAGUGUUUUGGAGAGGAUUAAUUUGGCACAUCUUCAUUCUUAUCCUCACAAGCAUUCAAUAUCAUAUCACAAAUGUUAAAAAUGUUGGAAAUGUUAACAUUGAAACGAGCUUUGAUCGAUGGGAACUUUUCACAAAGGAGAAAAAUGCAACGCUUCACACCUUUGUUGAGAAGUGUAAAAUGGUUUGGGACAAAAUAUUCUUGGAAACAGAAUUAUUGUAUUUUUUGGGCACUUUACUAAGUUAUUUUGCAGUGUUUUUGCUUAUUUUCCUUCAGAAGGAGGCAUCUUGGAUCGGAUUCUUGUUCUUAGUAAUUGUAAUGAUUUGCUUUACAUUGAACGUAGUGUCCAGCAGCGCCACCUCGUCAUCUAAUAAGAUGGGAUAUCGACUUUUCAAAGUGUUCGUUGCUUCAUGGUACAUUUUUGUAUUUUAUAGCACAUUUGUGUUUGUAGUGGAAUAUGCCUAUCAAUUUCCAUCUCUUUACUCAUACAUUCAAAGCAUAUUACCAGAGGUAGAAAGAGCUCAGCAGUUAAUACGAGAGCAUGAAGAGGAUAAAUCUGUGUACAUUCCUCCGUACUAUGGCUAUAUAACUCCAAGAAGCAUUGGUCUCUACAAAUAUCAGUACAAGAAUGUUAGUCUUUUACCAUUUACCGUCAUAGCUGUAUUAACCAUUAUUCAGCUAAAAUACUUCCAAUACGUCAUUUCGAGAAGACGAAACCGAAUGAAACUAAUCAAGGAAGAAUGUGCAGGCCAAGAGAACCAAAAAGAAAAAGAUCAAAAGAAGCAAGAGGAUCCAUCUCUUGUCGAUGAAAUUGUGGAUACCAUACAAGAGGAUCCUAGUAAUGUCAAGUAG